AUGACAGAUUAUCACUUGUCAAAACGAGCCGCUUACAACUCUGUUCAUGGGGAUGUCUGGGGCCCCAGAGAACAGUCAAUGGGUAACCCAUGGUCCCCUUUCAAUCCGACCGGGACGGUCAACCUCCGUCUUGCCGAGAAUAGCCUUAUGCAUGAGGAAAUUGCCCAGUCCAUAAAGUCGGAGAUUAAUGUCUUGCCUCUUGAACACCUCACCUACAGCACAGGCCCUCGAGGCUCGCGCCGUCUUCGAGGCGCUGCUGCUGAGUUCUUGAACCAGGCCUUUCACUCUUGUCAGCCCAUCACAGCAAACGACAUUUUCGUCACACCCGGCCUGGCAAGUGGCAUUGACGCCUUGGCAUGGUGCAUUUGCAACGAUGGCGAUGGAAUUCUGAUUCCACAGCCGCUUUACAAUGGAUUUCGGGUUGAUCUCCUGAGCCGGAGUAAUGCCCACGUGGUCCCCGUGCCAUAUACGGGCGUCGAUGGGUACUCGUCGCUGGAUGAUCUCUUCCGUCCGGACGUAAAUCGGAAGGCGUUGAAGGCUGCAUUUGAAAGAGCUCAGGAUAGUGGUAUUACUGUCCGUGCCCUCUUGAUUUCAAACCCUCAUAACCCGCUGGGAAGAUGCUAUCCGCCGGAAACCAUUGAGGAAUUCAUAUUGUUCUGCGCCGCGCACCGCCUCCAUUUGAUAUCCGACGAGAUCUACGCACAUUCCGUCUUCAAAAACCCAGCUUUACCAAAUGCAACACCGUUCGUUUCAAUUCUAUCACUCAAUCUUGUCAAUUCCCAUACCAUAGAUCCUACCAUGAUUCAUGUGCUCUACGGUGCAAGCAAGGACUUUUGCGCUAACGGCUUGCGCCUCGGCAUUGUUUGCACACGCAACCAGGGUAUCAUCCGUGCGAUGUCUAGUAUUAGUAUGUUCUCUUGGUCGCCGCAUCUCCUCCAUGACGUCUGGGCCAGGAUGCUGGAGGACGAGCAAUGGUUGAAGAGCUUCAUGGCGAGAAAGCGCGAGCUCAUGGCUGAUCACUACGAAAUUGCCGCACGCUUCUUCCGCGAAUGCGGGAUACCUUUUUAUGAGAUGAAUGCCGGACUCUUCUUCUGGAUCAACCUUCAACACCUGAUUUUCCCAGAUUCAAAAUCGAGCUCGGAGUCAGCGUCAACUGACACAAGUAAAAAACCGUCUUCGUUGAGUAUUACCUCCUCAGACUCUGACGAGCAUCGGCGACGCGAGCAGAGGAUCUGCAAUAUCUGCAUGGAGCACGGCGUGCUCAUCGCCCCUGGGCACGUGUACAUGGCCGAGGAACCCGGCUGGUUCCGGAUCACGUUCACGGUCGGCAGGGAGGCGUUGGAGGAAGGUCUUAAAAGGCUGAAGAAAUCCCUUUUGCGUGUACGAGCGGAGUCCGAGGAGGGCGUAAAGCCGCAGUAG